UUAUACGUCUAUUUUUUUCGUAAAAAUUUUUCUCUUCCGAGAUUGGAUAAUGGUGGGGGAAAUGGAAACAAAGGAGAAGCCGAAGCCGACCCCAGACUAUCUAAUGCAGCUAAUGAACGAUAAGAAGCUGAUGAGCAGUCUGCCCAACUUCUGCGGGAUAUUUAACCACCUGGAGAGACUUCUGGAUGAAGAGAUCAGCAGAGUGCGGAAGGACAUGUACAAUGACACAAUGAAUGGUAGCAACAAUGACAAGAGAAGUGCAGAACUGCCAGAUGGUAUUGGACCUAUUGUACAGUUACAAGAAAAACUUUAUGUGCCUGUGAAAGAAUACCCUGAUUUCAAUUUUGUUGGGCGUAUUCUGGGUCCCAGAGGACUAACUGCAAAACAGUUGGAAGCAGAGACUGGCUGUAAGAUCAUGGUCCGAGGCAAAGGUUCCAUGAGGGAUAAGAAAAAGGCUGUCACCAACAUAUUGGAAUGCAGUAUGUUGGCUUUAAACAAGGAGGAACAGAAUAGAGGGAAGCCAAACUGGGAGCACCUGAAUGAAGACUUGCAUGUACUAAUAACCGUGGAAGAUGCCCAGAACAGAGCAGAGCUUAAGUUAAGAAGAGCGGUGGAAGAAGUGAAAAAGCUACUGGUUCCAGCAGCUGAAGGAGAAGACAGUUUAAAAAAGAUGCAGUUGAUGGAACUGGCCAUCCUAAAUGGCACCUACAGGGACGCUAACUUAAAAUCACCAGCCCUUGCCUUUUCUCUUGCAGCAACAGCUCAGGCCCCACGGAUUAUAACUGGGCCUGCGCCUGUUCUGCCACCAGCUGCUCUGCGUACACCUACGCCAGCUGGCCCUACCUUAAUGCCUUUGAUCAGACAAAUACAGACAGCGGCUGUGAUGCCAAAUGGAAGCCCUCAUCCUACGGCAACACUAGUCCAACAAGGACCAGAGACUGGCUUGAUCUACACACCAUAUGAUUAUCCUUAUACCUUGGGUCCAGCUACAUCAAUUCUCGAGUAUCCUAUUGAUGCAAGUGGGGUAUUAGGUGCGAUGGCAAGUAAAGCGCGAAGGCAUGAUAUGCGGGUCCAUCCUUACCAAAGGAUUGUGACCGCAGACAGAGCCGCCACCGGCAACUAACCUAUGACCUUCUGACCUCUGAAUUCUUCACCCAAUGAUGACCUGACCAUGCCUGCCUGCUGAUCAGUUAACUGGUAAUCGCCUCUGCUUGUCUGUCUUUGGUGCAGCGAGCUGAGGCAUUUGUCCGUUCGUCUUACCAUCUAACAAGACACACAGAGAAAUAGUUUUCUUCCACCUCCUUUUUUAUUUGUUUUUGGUUUUCAUCCCCGGAUUGGGCGAAAGUGAUUCUAGAACCUGCACUGAAUAAUAGAAAAGCAAUAAGGUCCAUUUCAGCCCUCCGCACUGAUCAUAUUUUAAUGUCCUAACCAAACGAACGGUCUAAAAGCUUCACCUAGAGUACUGGCAAGACAUCUGAUCCUCAACUACCAAUGACAGAGGCAGUUACUGUGAGAAACUUUUAGGGAACUUUAUUUUGUCUUUUCUCUUGUAUUGUGAAGUGAGAAGCUGAAUGUACUGUGUUGUGAUGAUGCAUCAUGCAUGAACCUGAUUGGUCAGGGAUUUUAACUGGUGAAGUUAAUUACAUAUUUAAGAAAAUUAUUGAAAUAUAAAUUGGUAUUUAGUCACUACAGUGCCCUCCCAGGGUCAAAACAUUGCAAUCUGUUCUAUUUGUAAUAUUGCCUGCCAAAUUUGUUACAUUGAUAAGGGUGCCAUGAAAAAAUUAUAACUUUUUUUAACCUUUAAAAAUUAUACUGCAACACUGGUAUUCAAAUCAACUGUUGUAAUGCAAUUAGCAAAAGAUUACUUUUCAAAGCCUCAUGUAAUAUUACAUUGGUAUAAGGUACAUGCAUUAUGUAUCACAUUACUGGGCAAAGUGUUUAAGUAUUUGUUUGAGACCUCCCUGUAUAGAAACAAACAUUAAGGAUGUAAAAGCCAUGCUUGCCUAUUGCUAUAUAAUUGUAAUGAAAUUGUAGAUAUAAGUGUAGUGCAUUGAAAAAAAAAUGAACAAAAAUUAGAUACUUUUACUAUACAAGGGUGCUGGUGCAGAGAAAAAUAUAUUUUUGGAAAUGUAGCAUUUUAUACUUUGAAGUGUUAUAAAAAAACAGGAAAAAAAACAAAAAAAGAAAACCCUUUUAUUGCAUUGAAUGAUUUUUGGUGGUAGUCAAGGAAUAAGACCAAAAAGAGCCUUUUGUCUUUUUUUUUCUCCAACUUUUUGUUCUUUUUAUUUUCAGCAUUGGUAUAAGUUAAUUGAAAAAAAGUGCCUUAUUUUUCUCCAUGAUCAUUUAGUCCAGUGUCUUGUAUUUUUUUUAAUUCAGGGUCAAGGGGUCUGUAGUUUUUUUUUUGCCAAGCAAGUUUUAAGAGGCCACAUUUAAUUCGUGAGCACUUUGAGGCAUUCUAAAGAUUAAUCUUGCAAGUCAGUCGCCCAGUAUAGUAUAUAUAUUAAAUAUGAAAAAUAAUCUGUAACACAUACUGUGCUUUUGCCAAGAUAUUUUCAAGUAGCCAUUUUUAUUUCAACUUAGGAGAUGUCAAAUUUUGUAUUGACUUACGUCUGCAUAUUUAGAUCAAUUUUGUAAUUUCAGUUGUUUCGCCAUAACACUUGGGUGCCAUUUUUUUUUUAAAGAAAAUUUGGCAAUGACCUAGCACAUUUUCCAUCACAUUAUCAACUUUCUGUUUCUUAUGGAAACUCUGGUAAAGGUCAAGCAGUAAAUCUAAAAUGUUAAGAUUUCAAACACUUUUGCGGUGACCUCAUAGUCUAUUUCGUCACACUGAAACAAAUUAAUAGUUAUAAUUUACUAUGCAACAGACAUUCAUCCUAUUCUUUUUAGCAGCUAGCUUUUAUUUAACAUGCCACCAGCUUUGUCUUCCUGGUCAUUUAUUAUUCUAUAUUUUGUUUAAAUGCAUCAAAUUUCAUCCCUUCGCUGGGAAUUGUUUGAACAAUUUUGCGACACUUGCGCAUUUAGAGAGAUCAACUAGUUUUAAUAUCAGUAUUUGAUCCAGUUUCAUCUCAAGCUGCAAUAAACCUGGAUAUUUUUGUCAUUUUAUUUUUUUAUUUUUUUUUAAUAGUGGAUAAGGUGCAAGUCUAUUGAAUAGAUAUGUGACACUUAAUUUGUGAGUGCUAUGAACAAACAGAUGGGUCAACAUUAAAAAAGCAUGAAAUAUGAAAUCUCCAAAUGCCUUGGAUUUCAGUAUUAUGAAUUUUAUGUUUUUAUCAUUUUAGGUAGAUUUCAGUCUUUAGUUUUUCCUUUGACAGUAUUAUCUAUAUAUAUAUUUUUUUUUUUAUUAUUAUUUAGAAUGAUUUAGAUGGGAGUGUCGCUGAUAUGUAACCAUACAGAUGAAUUGUAUUUGUCUUUUCUUUAUUACCUUUAGUAGUUUCAUGCUAUGUAUGUAUCAUGCCAACCUAUUGCCUAAAAGAACCUGUAAAAUAAUGUAUUUACAGCCAUUGUUACAAGUUUAUAAUGUAUUUUUCUAUCUUGUUUUAUAUGUAUGUUAUAUAACAUUCAAAAGGAGUUUUUCCUGGUUGAGAAAAAGGAUACAAAAAUGUAAAACCCACGAUUUUGAUAACUAAAACAAUGCCAAUUGUUUUGCAGUACUUUAUUAUAUUGGGAGUGUUGUCUUUCUUGGCUUUUAGUUAGCGACUGGAUGACAUUAGACAUUGGGUUUUAGUUGGGUUUUUACAUGGCUUGCAUUUUAAUUCUUUGGUUCUUUGCUGUUUCUAUUAACCCCAUAGCAUUAUUUUAAUAAAUGUUAUAAUACCAAGAUACUAA